UUUCGAGUGAGAUUUCUUCCUCUCCGUUGAUUACUUCAGGUAUUUUGCUUGAUUCUCAGCCUCUGAUUUAUCUCCUUUCGUUUGAGGGAUCUUUUUCCCCUUGGCCUAGCACUAUGAAGCAUAUGCGAGUGGACGGUGAUACGCCGUAUCUUCCUGAAGAAAUCAUCACAAACAUUCUCAAAAGACUACCUGUAAAAUCCCUAAUCCGUUUUCAAUGCGUAUGUAAACAUUGGAAAAAUCUCAUCCAGACCCCAUGUUUUGUCGCUGACCACGUCCACCACUCCACUCAUCAAAACCCUUCGCUUCUUUUCUCGUGUGAUUAUUCACGUAAGCCUUUACGUUUGCUCGAUUGCGAGAUGCAAGUCCGACAAGUUCAGAGCACACCUUUGAUUGAUUCCUUUUCGUCCGUUAGGAUCCUGGGUUCCAGCAAUGGCUUGCUCUGUCUUGCAGGCCAGCAGUCUGAUUUAUCUCCUUCUGCCCUCUUAUUAUGGAAUCCUGCCAUUAGAGAGGUCAGGCAGUUGCCUAGCACCAAAACUACUAUUACUGUUAAGGAUAGUAUCACGGUAGGAUUUGGGUUCAGUCCAAUUCUUAAUGAUUAUAAGAUAGUGCGAACGUAUGCUGAGUCUGGUUAUGCAAUUUCUGGGGUGGAAGUGUAUUCAUUGAGCACAAAUUCAUGGAGAAAAAUAGAAUUUGGGAACUUAGAGGCUGUGCGUCUUCUUCCUUAUGUUGUUUCUGUUAAUGGAAGUAUCUUUUGGCAUGCGUUAGACUUAAAAAAAGAGGUGGGUGAAGAUAGUUUUGAAAUUAUAGUUUCAUUUGACAUAGCAAGAGAAGUGUUUAAAUUGAUACCAUGGCCUGCUUUAUGUUGUCGUACUUGUUUUGGGAUUAGUCGGCUUACUGUGUAUGAGGACAAACUUGCUAUGCUUCAUUCUCAUGGAACUGAAGACAUUCAAUAUUAUUUGAUUGAUUUGUGGGUGUGGGAGGAACAGGUGGAUUCGUGUGGGAAGAGAUGGAAUUGGAGUAAGAAAUAUGCUAGUAGCCCUCGUCCAUACAUGUUAUAUCCUGAGUCCAUUUGGAGGAAUGAAAUUGUAGGCGUUGGUUCUGGAAUUUAUAGGCCUUCACUUGCUUGUAUCGGAGAUAUUUUUGACACUGAUCUUGCAAUGCUGAGUGAGGAACCAAAACUUGGUCUGCAUCUAUUUAAUGUCGCUACCAAUGAAAUUAAGAGGUUUGACCUCCAUAGACAUGACGUUGGUGGUGUAGUUUCCAAUUAUGUGGAAAGCCUUGUAAGUUGUGACACUUGGCAACAUUCACGUUGAUGAACCUUGAUUGUAAAAGUUAAUUAUUAGUUUAUUACCAUGAA